ACACUGCGGCAGGAACGGCGCGCGCGGACUCGGCCGAGAGCUGUUUUCGUCACGUCCUGACUCUACAAUCCCUCUUACCGCCCCCCACUACCCCCCCCCGGCUCCGUUCCCACAGACUCCCCUCCAGUCUUGGAUUCCGCCUCCUCACACCCCGACUCCCUCAGCAGUACAAGGGAUAAAAGACUCGACGCGACUGCCACUAAGCCGACCCGCCUUCCUUUGCUUUUAUAGUAAAGGCAGAGGCCGACAGGCUUGAGGUGGGCCUGAGGUACUUCUGUUCACUUUCCAGCCUCUAUUAUGGGUGACAGCGAUGAUGAGUAUGACCGUAGGCGAAGGGACAAAUUCCGAAGAGAACGAAGUGAUUAUGAUCGUUCAAGGGAAAGAGAUGAGAGACGGAGAGGGGAUGACUGGAAUGAUCGAGAGUGGGACCGUGGGAGAGAUCGGAGAAGUCGAGGGGAAUAUCGUGACUAUGAUAGAAAUCGACGUGAGCGCUUUUCUCCACCACGCCAUGAACUUAGUCCUCCCCAAAAACGAAUGAGGCGAGACUGGGAUGAGCACAGCUCUGACCCAUACCACAGUGGCUAUGAAAUGCCUUAUGCUGGGGGAGGUGGAGGCCCAACUUAUGGCCCUCCUCAGCCCUGGGGCCAUCCAGACGUCCACAUUAUGCAACAUCAUGUACUACCCAUCCAGGCCAGACCCCCCGACCGGGCCCCCCCCAGGCUGGGCAGCAUCGCAGAAAUCGACUUGGGUGUUCCACCACCUGUUAUGAAGACCUUUAAGGAGUUUCUGCUGUCACUGGAUGAUUCUGUGGAUGAGACAGAAGCUGUUAAGCGCUACAAUGAUUACAAGCUGGAGUUUCGGAGGCAGCAGAUGCAGGACUUCUUCCUGGCUCAUAAAGAUGAGGAGUGGUUUCGGUCCAAAUACCACCCUGAUGAGGUGGGGAAACGUCGGCAGGAGGCCAGAGGAGCCCUACAAAAUAGACUUCAGGUGUUCCUAUCUCUAAUGGAUAGUGGCUGGUUUGAUAACCUCCUCUUGGACAUUGACAAGGCUGAUGCCAUUGUCAAGAUGCUGGAUGCAGCUGUGAUUAAGAUGGAAGGAGGCACAGAACAUGACCUCCGGAUUCUGGACCAGGAAGAGGAGGAAGAGUCAGGGAAACCUGGAGAACCCGGCAAGAAGGAAGAUGGACGAGGAGGCUUAGGACUUGCUGAUGGGGAACGAAAAACUGAUAAGGAUGACAAAGAAGACAGCAAACAGACUGAGAAUGAUAGUAUGUCUGAUGAUAAAGCCAAAAAACCUGACGGUGAUGGGGAGAAAGAUGAGAAGAAGGAAGAGCCUGAGAAAGAAGCUAAGAAGAGCAGUAAGAAGCGGAACCGGAAGCACAGUGGGGAUGACAGCUUUGAUGAAGGCAGUGUGUCCGAGUCUGAAUCUGAGUCAGAGAGUGUCCAGGCUGAGGAGGAGAAGGAUGAGUCUGAGGAAGCUGCCAAGGAGAAGGAGAAGCCUAAAGAGGAAGAUCGAGAAAAGGCUAAAGAGAAGCCCAAGGAAACACUUGGACUAGAAUUCAAACCCCGACCUCUACACAAGACUUGCUCCCUCUUUAUGCGCAAUAUUGCACCCAAUAUCCCUCGGGCUGAGAUUAUUUCUCUGUGUAAGAAGUACCCAGGUUUCAUGCGUGUAGCUUUGUCAGAACCCCAGCCUGAGAGGAGAUUUUUCCGUCGAGGUUGGGUGACUUUUGAUCGAAGUGUUAACAUCAAAGAAAUCUGCUGGAACCUGCAGAAUAUCAGGCUUCGGGAAUGUGAGCUGAGCCCUGGUGUGAAUCGAGACUUAACUCGACGGGUCCGUAAUGUCAAUGGCAUCACUCAACACAAACAGAUUGUGCGCAAUGACAUCAAGCUCGCUGCCAAGCUGAUUCACACUCUGGAUGAUAGGACCCAACUUUGGGGGGCUGAGUCUGGGACCCCUCCUUUGCCCACGAGCCUGCCCUCUCAGAAUCCAAUCCUGAAGAAUAUCACUGAUUACCUGAUUGAGGAAGUGAGUGCUGAAGAGGAAGAACUGCUGGGGAACAGUGGAGGGGGACCCCCCGAAGAACCUCCCAAAGAGGGGAAUCCAGCUGAAAUUAACGUGGAACGAGAUGAAAAGCUGCUCAAGGUUCUUGACAAACUCCUUCUUUACUUACGCAUUGUGCACUCCUUGGACUAUUACAACACCUGUGAAUAUCCCAACGAGGAUGAAAUGCCCAACAGAUGUGGCAUCAUUCAUGUUCGAGGGCCUGUACCUCCAAAUCGCAUCAGCCAUGGAGAAGUGGUAGAAUGGCAGAAGACAUUUGAAGAAAAGCUGACGCCCUUGUUGAGUGUUCGGGAAUCUUUGUCAGAAGAUGAAGCCCAGAAGAUGGGACGCAAAGAUCCUGAGCAAGAGGUGGAAAAAUUUGUCACUUCCAACACCCAGGAGCUGGGCAAAGACAAGUGGCUAUGCCCCCUCAGUGGCAAGAAAUUCAAGGGCCCUGAAUUUGUGCGUAAGCACAUCUUCAACAAGCAUGCUGAAAAAAUUGAGGAAGUUAAGAAAGAAGUGGCCUUCUUCAACAACUUCCUCACUGAUGCCAAGCGGCCUGCACUGCCUGAGAUCAAGCCAGCUCAACCACCUGGUCCUGCUCAAAUACUCCCCCCAGGCCUGACAGGACUCCCCUACCCACACCAGACACCCCAGGGCCUGAUGCCUUAUGGGCAGCCUCGGCCACCUAUCCUUGGCUAUGGAGCUGCUGCUGUCCGUCCCACGGUCCCUACAGGAGGACCCCCAUAUGGGGGCCCCCAUGCUCCAUAUGGUGCUGGCCGUGGCAACUAUGACUCAUUCCGGGGCCAGGGUGGUUAUCCUGGGAAGCCCCGAAACCGGAUGGUUCGUGGUGACCCAAGAGCAAUUGUGGAAUAUCGUGACCUGGAUGCCCCUGAAGAUGUUGAUUUUUUCUGAACAAGUUUUUCCCCCAACUGCUGUAUCCAUAAUUCCCUUCCCCUUUCAGAUCCAAAAUAAUUUUUUGUAUGUUCAGCCCUACUGCCAAUAAACAGCUUUCCACAACAUGGGAGCAACUGGG